GACGCGCUCCUUGACCACGAACCACGACCUUACACGACCGUUAACGAGCUCUGAUGUUUGGCGGGGGCAAUUUCACGUCGUCUUGGGCGAAUCCCCAGCAAAACCAGCAGCAGCAGCAGCCACAACAGGGGACUUCUGCUUUUGGUCAACCGAGUGCGUUUGGCGGUACUGGUACCACGUUCGGAUCGGGAAGCACUUUUGGUCAACCACCACAACAGCAGCCGCAGGCAAAUCCGAUGUUUGGUAACUUGGGUGCCCCGAGCAAUAAUGGCACUGGAGCCUCGACCUUUGGCACCUUUGGUUCCAACCCGUCCAGCACGACUGGUAGCCUUUUCGCACCUAAACCAGCCACAGGCGCGUUUGGAACGUUCUCUGGGGGUGGCACCUCCACGUUCGGGGGCGGAAGCACAUUCGGAUCAAGUACGACCGCUCCCAGCACUCAACCGACAACAAGUAUCUUUGGAGCGCCGAGUACGAGCACGAAUACGGGCACAGGGACCGCGUUUGGGAGUACGGGUGGUCUAUUCGGGACUAAACCCGCGACGGCGUUCGGUGCCGGAACUUUGGGCUCGACUACGAGCACCGAUGGCGUUGCCCCAGUCACGACCGGGACGGUUAAUCCGCCGUACAGCGUCUACACGGAGAAGGAUGGUACCCAGACGAACCAGUUCCAGGCCAUCUCGUGUAUGCCUGCCUAUCGAGGAACUUCCUUUGAAGAAUUGCGCGUCCAAGACUACCUUCAAGGCCGAAAAACAGCUAGCACGGGGGCAUUCGGGCAGCCCACGACGUUUGGCGCGCCGCAGCCCUCCGCAACAGGAGGCGGGCUCUUCGGAGCCACGCAACCAACGUCCACGCUAGGCGCUCCAGCUCCUGCCGGAGGAAGCUUGUUCGGUGGUACGACGAACGCGGGUACUACGGGUUCAGGGCUUUUUGGUUCUUUCGGUCAGCCCCAGCAGCAACAGCAGCCAGCUGCGACGGGAUCGGGUCUGUUUGGGAAUACGGGAGGUAGUCUGUUCGGUGCACCUCAGCAGAAUCAGCCGGCUGCUACUACUGGCGGUGGACUGUUCAGCGGAUUGGGUGGUCAACAGCAGCAGCAGAAUAAGCCAACCUUCGGCACCUUUGGGGGCACUGGAACCACAUUCGGUUCCACCUUUGGACAGCCGAGUCAGCAGCAGCCACAGCAACCACAGCAACCAGCAACUGGCGGGGGCUUGUUUGGCAAUGCAGGAGGUAGUUUGUUUGGUGGUCAAAACAAUGCCCCAAAGCCUGGAGGACUGUUUGGGUCGACCACAACGCAGCCAACGCAGCCAUCUACAACCUUCGGCGGUGGAUUGUUCGGGAACACCCAACAACAACAACAGCAGCAGCAGCAGCAGCAGCAGCAACCGCAACUACAGCAGCAGCCCGGCGGGGGACUGUUUGGCGGCAGUCUCUUUGGACAAAAUAAUCAGCAGCAACCACAGCAGCAGCCCCAACAACAACAAUCCGGAGGCCUAUUUGGGAAUCUGCAACCCCAACAGCAGCAGCAACAGCAACAGCAGCCUGGCGGUGGUUUGUUCGGCAAUACAGGUACCGGCGGCGGUGGUCUAUUCGGUAAUACCCAAAGCAAUCAGCAACAACAACAGCAGCAGCAACAGCAACAAUCGCAACAGCAGCAGCAGCCUGGUGGUGGACUCUUUGGCGGCAGUCUGUUCGGCCCCAAGCCUGCUACCACGACUGCGGGCACAGGUGGCGGUUUGUUCGGUAACUUCGGCCAGCAAAAUACUGGUGGUACCGCCGGUCAGACAAAUCCCUUGUUCGGUAACACUCAGAACAAUACCAACCAGCAGCCCGGUGCUGGCGGCGGGUUGUUCGGGGGUGGGGGAGGCUUAUUUGGGAACAAGCCAACGGCUCCUACUCUCGGUGCAUCCACCAUGCAACAGCCUGGCGCUCUCGGGGGCUCCCUAUUCGGUAACAUGUCGACCAACAACAACAUGAAUGCUUCCACCGCUGCUCCUGGUGCCCCUGGCUCCCUUACCGCAUCUGUGGCCCAGCCUGUCAGCGCCCAUCUCCCGAUUUUCAACUUAUUGCCGCCUGGACCGCGUUCCUUCUACCUAGACGAGCCCAAGAAGAAGGUGAACCUGUUCGAGCUGCCUCAUCAUCGAUACACGGGGCCGGAUUUGCGGCUUAACCGCCGAUCUACGGGUGGCGCGCAGAAGCUCCGCGGGUUCCAAUCCACACUGGGCCGCUCGGAGUUCGGCAAGUCGGGUGCCAUUGACUUGAACAAGGCCGCGCAGUCAGUCGGUCCUGACGCGCUGCUGAACAACGGCCCGGCAUCUGUACUGGGCAGCAGUGGGCGGCAGAGCGUGAAGAAGCUGGUGCUGAACAGGAGGGUCGACCCGUCGGAGUUUUUCAACAAGACGAUCACGCCCGGGAAAGGGUUCCUUGGAAGCCCGAAUAAGGUCACAUUCAGCCCGCAGCUUACUAUUGCGAUGAGGGAGCAGGAGCACAGCGAAGCUGCUAGCUCGCCGCGCCGGCCCGGCUCGCCUGUCCGGAAUGCUCGUUCGUCACCGGACAAGCACGACGAGCCCGAGCUGCAAGAGGGAGACUACUACACAAAGCCACCGCUCCAGGAACUCAGGAGUCUCAGCUACGAGGAGCUGGUGAGCUUCGAGGGACUCGUUGUCGGGCGGAAGGGCUACGGCGAGAUCCAGUUCUUGGAGAAGGUCGACCUUACGGGCUUGCCGAAGCUCAAGUGCCUCCUGGGCGACGUCAUCCGCUUCGAGGACAAGGAGUGUACGGUGUACCCGGACCAUCCGAAGAUCGACAAGCCGCCGCCCGGCCAGGGCCUGAACGUGAAAGCGCGGAUCGAGCUCGUCAAGUGCUGGGCGGUGGACAAGGCGAAUAGGGAGCCCAUCAAGGACCCGGAGCAUCCCGCUGCCGUCAAGCAUCUCAAGCGGCUGCAGAAGAUGAAGGGCACACAUUUCGAAAAGUUCGAUAUGGAGGACGGGAGAUGGGUCUUCACGGUGGACAGCUUCUGAUUGAUCAUGAGGGUGUCACUCUUUCUUGGUUGUUUUCCUCAGUAUCGCUUGUAAAGUAGUAGUAGCAUAGUACUAGUUACACUUGCAUGUAUUUCAGUCCUUGCAUUCAUGUUCUGACAAUAUAUGAUCAUUCAUG